GUACAGAAGUUCAUUCGGGAAUCCAUCGAAGACAAUGUUGGCAGAGGGCAGAGAGUCCCCAGUCUCUUCCAUUUCUCAUGCUGAUAGUGACAAUGGGGAGGAGGAAUCGUGCACGCGUAUGGCCCUGCUAAACGGUAUGGACCAGAGUCGGCGGCACCGGACAGCGUUCACACGGGAGCAGCUCGCGUGCCUCGAAAAGGAGUAUUGCAAAGAGAGUUAUGUGUCACGAGCCAGACGAUGCGAACUGGGGGCGGCCCUUAACCUCCCAGAAACUACCAUAAAGGUCUGGUUCCAAAACAGAAGAAUGAAGGAUAAGCGACAGCGCCACAGUCUGAGCUGGCCUCACCCAUUGGACCCAACUCUGUGUGCUUUUAUGGUGAGCCAGACAGUGACAGGGCUGCCAUACCCACUGCUGCCCCACAUUCCCCUGCAACUUUACUCUCAUCUGGGUAUGCCAAAUCUCACUGGUCUGUCUAGUCCCUACAGUGCAGGAUGUGUGAGACCAAUGAACACUGUAUUACUUCCACACUCACCCUACGCUAGGAUUGCUGGGCUUCAUUCUCCAGUCCUCUACCCUCCAUUGCCCACAAUGCAGCAUCCUAAAACAUGUCCCUGCCCUUACUGUCUUCACUGGUCUCCACCAGAACAAGUACACAAAGCUAGGAUUGGAGCUGGUUUGGGGUUGAGUCUACCUAGUAGCUCAGAACCCUCAGUUGCACUAUUAGAUUGUAGAGAAGAAAUACAUUUGCCCCAGUGAAGAAAUUGCUUUAUUUAAUAGUAAGCCUUAUGUAUU